AUGGAAUCCCUCCGUGCACGGGGAUCAGGGGACUACGGAAAGCUCGCCAUUGCCACAGCCACCAUUCUCGGAAUCCUCACACUCGGGGCCCUCAUCUACUUACUGGUGUGGUACGUUCGACGAAGACUCCGUGCCCGACGACUUCGUCGCCAGGGAAGUCACGAAAAUGACCAGUUCGACCAGUCCGCAGUGUCACUGGCCGAGGACACAGGCAGGACCCUAGAUGACUUCCUCAUGAAGGAGAUCCAGCCCGAACGGAGCUCAAUCAUGUUUAACAGAAGUCGGUCUCCAUCCAUGACCAUCAUCAUUGGCGACGCCGAUAUUGUCCGCUGCAAGUCUCCAUCUCGCCCUUAUCUCACGCGAUAUGAUAUGGCAGCUUCUUCAUCUGCAGAUACACACAUCUUGACCCAGAUCCUGACCCAAGAAUCAAGCACCGACGAGCCGCGGUCAGAUCAGACUCAGUGGAGUAGCUCAGGACGACGUUCAUCAAGCACGACGCCGAGAGCGUCUACCUCGUCAUCGGUCGUCCCAUCCUCGGGAUCAUCUCAGAUGUGGACUACGACUGCUAGCACACCGUCGGAUCGGACUCAGACAAGCAGCUCGGGACAGCGUUCAUCAGUCACAACAUCAAGAGCAUCAAUCUCGUCAUCCAUCGUCCCACCGGCUGGAUCUUACCAGAUUUGGACUACCUCUGCUGGCACUGAGACGUUUUCGCUUGUUAGUCAAUCUUCAAACUCGCACCACCCUCAAAGUCCCACUGGCCCAUCGACAUCCCGCAACUCGCAGGUAUAUACACGUCGGUCGAAUGCUGCUUCUGGUGCAUCGAGUCGUCCGUCCAGUGCAGGUGUCUUGCAGGCUGCAUCUCGGAUGUUCAAUGACGCGGAGGCUUCGAGGAUGGCUCACUCGAGAACUAUCCGCUCUGUUGGAUCGAUGACCCCCACUUCCCCCGUUUCUCCAGUGUUGGUGGACCUUUCCGCUGAAAAUGAGCCCCAAUGGACUUCUGUCCCCCCUGCUCCUUUUCCUUUCAGCCAGCUCUGA